CUUUACAUUUAACGCUUUGCAUGGCACCCAACAUGGAGAUAGAGGCGUAUUCCAAGACCGACGUUGCAGAGUUGCAGCAGGCCCUGCAAACCGCCCAAUUAGAACUAGAUCUCGAACGCAGCCACCGCAUCGUCGAAGGCGUCGCUAGGGACGAGGAUAUUCGCAAGCUGCGCUGCCAAAUUCUUCUGCUGGAAGAUGAGAAUGAUGAGCUACACGACCAGCUGGCCGAAGAGGAGUCGCGGGCCGACCGCCUCGAGGGAACACUUGACGACUCGCUGGAGCAAUUGAAAGUGAAAGAAGCGGAAGUACUGCGCCUGCAGAAUGAAUUGCGCGUCAAAGCGAGAGCAUCAGACACGAUGAAGGCUGAACUCGCAGCGCUGGAGUCUAUAUCGACCGAUUCGAACAAAGUCCUGGCCGAAAAACUCGCCCUUGCACACGAAGUUCGUGCGCUGAAACCCGAACUCGAACACCUCCGCUCGCAAGCCGACGUCCAUGCGAACCUGAUCUCUGAAAAGCUAUCACUACAACGCCAACUCGAUACCGUCGAAGUCGAACUCGAGAACGAGAAGCGCGCAACACAGCGCGCCAUUGCUAGGCAAGGUAAAGCAAGCGAAAAGGAUGCGGAGCACCAGAGCGAGGUUAGCGGGCUGCGAAAGGAGCUAUCCAAGGCGAUGCGGGAGCUUGAAAAAGCAGAGAAAGAGUUGGAUAAGGUGCAGCUAGAGCUAGACUCCACUAGGAAAGCCGCAGAGCGCGCGCAGUCCAAGGAAGACAAGAAAACCGCGCAGGACGCAAAGGAUGACGCCAAGCUCGAAGACCUCAAGAAAGAGCUCGCCAAGGAGAAGCGCGAACGGGAAAAGGCAGAGAAGGCCAUUGAGAAGUCAAGGGUCGAAACAGAGGCGCAAACCACGCUCGUUAACGAGCGUGCAGACGCCUAUAAGAAUAAGCUCAAGUCUGUCAAGGAAAAACUCAAGGAGACACAGGCAGAGCUUCAAAAAGCGCAGGCUGCGGCUGCUGCCCAACCUGUCAUCGAGGAAGCGCAAGCGCCAAAGGCAGCGCCCGCAAAGAAUCCCCGGAAACGCACUGUUGCGCAAUUGGACCAGGAUGCCACGACGCUGGGCACGCCUGGAGAUGGGAUGCCCGCAAAGAGGAGCCGCGCGACUAUCAUGCCUGGCGAGAAAUCAACUUUCAGCAUCACUCCCUUCUUGAACCGUACUGCGAACGUCAUUGAAGACACCCCCAAGGAACAGGCGGAGGAUGCGGAAGUCGAGCACGAUGAUCAAGAUUCCGCAGAAGCGCAAGGCACACCGACGGUCCAACCGAAGAAAGGAAAGAAGGCCGUAUCCGAGAAGCCCAAGACGAAGGCGCUCGCCGCGCUGGAUGCGAACCAGAAAGCGAAACCAGCGGCGCAGCGGAAAAAGGCUGCCGCACCGGCGUUAGAAAAGGUUGCGGAAGAAGCAGACAGCGACGACCAAGAGAACAGCCCCGUUGCCGAGGAAGCAGCCACGAAGCUCGAGGAGCCGGAGAAGCCCAAGGAGAAGGGCAAAAAGGCCAAGCAAGCCGAGAAAGAAAGCGAGCCCACCAGUCUCAAGCCGAAGCUGAAGCCCGCAAGCGCAGCCCGCAAAUCGCUCGCCUCGUUUGCAUCCUUUAUGGAUGAGGGGGCGCCCGAGAAGAAGAAGAAGAAGCGCAAGCUCGGCGGCAACCAAAGCAUUCUGGGCAAGACGCUGUUCGACGUCGACGAGGAGGAAGAAACGAGCAAGCCGGCCAAGCCCAUCCCAGGGCGUGGGAUAUUCGCGGCGCGCGCGCUGGGCAAGGGCCGCUUGGGCGGGCCGUUUGCUGGCGCGAAGAGCCUUGGGGCAGGACCGACGAUGACGACAGUGGAUGGGUUUACGUUCAGUCCGCGCAAGAAGGAGAAGAAGGCUAUGCGCGAGGCGAGCAUGAUGCAGUGAACGGUGGUGGCGGUGGCGGUGACAGUGCUUGGGAAGGGGCGUAUGUGGGAAGGCGUCUUGUCUGCGCAAGGGCACUCACUUGGUUACGGGUAUUAUUGGACUGGAAUUUGGUAUGCUAUGGCUACCCUAUGUAUGGCUUUGGGAUGGAUUAUUUUCAUUGGCGUAUUGCGUGUCUACGGUUGGGUAUUGCUGGGGACAUGGGAAAUACGGUGACAGUUUAUGUUUAUAUUGCUCGAUAGGCGGGCUGUAGUAGGUACAUGCGAUUCUUUCACGUUC